AUGCGGAGGCCGCGGAGUGGGGCCGCCCCACGGGCUGGGUGGCGGAGCUACGCCGUAGGGGCGCGGCGUCGCGGCGGCCCGAGCCGGGAGGACCCAUUCUCUUUACGCGGCUGCCGUAAGGAAGCUUGGUUCGUCCUCCCUCGGUGCUCCGAAGUCCUGGCCCCGGCUCCCCGGUGCGCCACGUUCGGCGAAGCGCCUCUGCGUCAGGGCCUCGCUCCCCCGCCAGGUGCGGGGCCUCGGCGCCAUGGACUCGUCGGCGCUGGAGCGGGACGCCGUGCAGUUCGCGCGGCUGGCGGUGCAGCGCGACCACGAAGGGCGCUAUUCGGAGGCGGUGUUUUACUACAAGGAAGCUGCACAAGCCUUAAUUUAUGCUGAGAUGGCAGGAUCGAGCCUAGAACACAUUCAAGAAAAAAUAAAUGAAUAUCUGGAAAGAGUUCAGGCUUUACAUUCAGCAGUUCAGUCAAAGAGUGCUGAUCCUUUGAAAUCAAAACAUCAGUUGGACUUGGAGCGUGCCCAUUUCCUUGUUACACAAGCUUUUGACGAAGAUGAAAAGGGGAAUGUUGAAGAUGCUAUAGAAUUGUAUACUGAAGCCGUAGAUCUCUGUCUAAAAACUUCCUAUGAAACUGCUGAUAAAACUCUGCAAAAUAAACUGAAACAGUUGGCUCGACAGGCACUAGAUAGAGCAGAAGCAUUGAGUGAGCCUUUAACAAAGCCAUUAUGCAAAGUCAAGUCAACCAAUAUUAAACCAAAGCCACCUCCAGCAAGAGCACAUUUUCCACUAGGAACUAAUCCCUUUCUUGAAAGACCUCAGCAAUUUAUAAGUCCACAGGCAUGCGAUGCACAAGGACAGAGAUACACGGCAGAAGAAAUAGAAGUUCUCAGGACAACAUCAAAAAUAAAUGGUGUAGAAUAUGUUCCUUUCAUGGCUAUUGACCUGAGAGAACGUUUUGCCUUUCCAAUGCCUUUCUGUGAUAGAUUGGGCAAGCUACCAUUAUCACCUAAACAAAAAGCUAUGUUUUCCAAAUGGGUACGCCCAGAAGACCUCAGCAACAAUCCUACAAUGAUUUAUACUGUGUCCAGUUUCAGCAUAAAACAGACAAUAGUAUCAGAUUGUUCCUUUGUCGCAUCACUGGCUAUUAGUGCAGCUUAUGAAAGACGAUUUAAUAAGAAGUUGAUUACCAGCAUAAUUUACCCUCAGAAUAAGGAUGGUGAGCCAGAGUAUAAUCCAUGUGGAAAGUAUAUGGUAAAACUUCACCUCAAUGGUGUCCCAAGAAAGGUGAUAAUUGAUGACCAAUUACCUGUUGAUCAUAAGGGAGAAUUGCUCUGUUCUUAUUCUAACAACAAAAGUGAAUUAUGGGUUUCUCUCAUUGAAAAAGCAUAUAUGAAAGUCAUGGGAGGAUAUGAUUUCCCAGGAUCCAAUUCAAAUAUUGAUCUUCAUGCACUGACUGGGUGGAUACCAGAAAGGAUUGCUAUGCAUUCAGAUAGCCAGACUUUCAGUAAGGAUAAUUCUUUCCGAAUGCUUUAUCAAAGGUUUCACAAAGGGGAUGUCCUCAUCACUGCAUCAACUGGAAUGAUGACUGAAGCUGAAGGAGAAAAGUGGGGUCUGGUUCCCACACAUGCAUAUGCUGUUUUGGAUAUUAGAGAGUUCAAGGGGCUGCGAUUUAUCCAGUUGAAAAAUCCCUGGAGUCAUUUACGUUGGAAAGGACGAUAUAGUGAAAAUGAUGUAAAAAACUGGACCCCAGAGUUGCAAAAAUAUUUAAACUUUGAUCCUAGAACAGCUCAAAAAAUAGACAAUGGAAUAUUUUGGAUCUCAUGGGAUGAUCUCUGCCAAUAUUAUGAUGUGAUUUAUUUGAGUUGGAAUCCAGGUCUUUUUAAAGAAUCAACAUGUAUACACAGUACUUGGGAUGCUAAGCAAGGACCUGUGAAAGAUGCCUAUAGCCUGGCCAACAAUCCCCAGUACAAGUUGGAGGUGCAGUGUCCACAAGGGGGCGCUGCAGUUUGGGUUUUGCUUAGUAGACACAUAACAGACAAGGAUGAUUUUGCAAAUAAUCGAGAAUUUAUCACAAUGGUUGUAUACAAGACUGAUGGGAAAAAGGUGUAUUAUCCAGCUGACCCGCCCCCCUACAUUGAUGGGAUUCGAAUUAACAGCCCUCAUUAUUUGACUAAGAUAAAGCUGACCACACCUGGGACCCAUACCUUUACAUUAGUGGUUUCUCAGUAUGAAAAACAGAAUACAAUCCAUUACACAGUCCGGGUAUAUUCAGCAUGCAGCUUUACUUUUUCAAAGAUUCCUUCACCGUACACCUUAUCAAAGCAGAUUCAUGGAAAGUGGAGUGGUCAGAGUGCUGGAGGAUGUGCAAAUUUCCAAGAGACUCAUAAAAAUAAUCCCAUUUACCAAUUCCAUAUAGAAAAGACUGGACCAUUACUAAUUGAACUUAGAGGACCAAGAUCGCAAAAUCAGUUCCAGGUGGAUUACUAUAGGAGAUACCUCAAUAAAAAUAUUUUUAUAUGUGCUACAUUAGUGGAAAAAAGUCUAGUUUUUUUAAAAUGAAAACUUGAACAGGCAUGUCAUAAAAAAGAUAAUCCAAAUGGCCAGUAAACCAUUGUAAGCCAAAAAUUUGAAACAACCCAGAUGUAUAUCAGUGGCACCUAAGAUUAUAAAAUAGUCAUAAAAUAGUCCUACAUAACAAUGAAAAUAAAUUAUAGCUACCCACUACAUGAUGGAUAAGUUUUAAAAAUAAUGCUGAAAAACAGAAGCCAAACAUAACAAUAUAUAUAUUACGUGAUUCCACUUACAUGAAGUCAAGAACAGGCAAAAUUAAACUGUUAUUUAAGGAUGCAUACUUUGAUAGUCACACUAUAUACAAAGCAAGAAAGUGAUUGAAAGUUUUGUGGGCACAGGCAUUGUGAUGAGAAAGGUGGAUACAAGGGACUUCUGUGGUGCUGAGAGGUUCUGUUGAUUUAGGUGGUGUUUGUUCACUUUACAAACUAUGUCGUAAUAUAUUUUACAAUUUUAAAAGUUUUAAAAACUAGAGAAUACAAAUUAAAAAAUAGUACUAAAUAAAACUAGGCUUAAUUGUGCCUGCUUUACAAAUUCAAAAGAAACUAAUUCUAAUAGGACUAAGCUACUUUGCACAAUCAUUUUAAAAACCUUUACCAGUCUUCUAAGUGAUAUAAGGUAUGUAUCUAAUUACCCUUAUGUAUUUAAUUUCUAGAUAGAUUGAACAUGUAAAAAUACUUGACAAUGUGUAUUUUUUCCUAUUUUGCUAAUUCAUGUCUUGCCCAUUUUUCUGUUGGAGUUGUCAUGUUUUUCAUAGGGUAUGUCUGUAAGAACAUUAACUCCUUCAUAUAUUUGCAAGUAUUUUUCCCAGAUAAAUUUAAUAGAAAAAAAAACAUUUUAAAGUAAUCAGUCUUGUUUAUUUUGCUGUGGGCAGGAAAUCUCACCCAAAUAGUAAGUUAAUUUUCACUGUAUUUUCUUCUGGUUCUUUUUAUGAUUUUUAUUUUUUACAUUAUACUUUUAAUCCAUGUGGAAUGUAUUUUUAUAUUUGGUGUGAGAUACAGUUCAAUUUUUUAUCACCUCAUCACCACCUAAAUAUUACUUCCUUUCCAUACUGAUUUGGAAUGCCAUGUCUACCAUAUGCUAAUUACUUUCUUAAAUUGAGAUUUUUUUUCAGGGUCUUCUCUCCUGUCCCACUUGUUCUGCCUAAUACAAUGACAGUAUUUUUAUCAUUUCAAUUUAACAUUAUUAUCUGGGAGCCUAUAGUAAAAUGUAGUCUAUUCUAAAGUAAGUUUAAUGUAUUAAUCUUUAUGGCUGCAAUUUUAAAACAGAAAUGGUAUUUUCUAUAAUUAGUGUAAAAAUAGUACACAUGUGUUUCAGUGUAGGAAGCUUCCUCCUGAAGCUUUGGAAAGCCUGUACUUGACUUCAAUAGUACAUCUGCACUUUAGGUAUGCUUACUUUUAGGCCUGUAUUUGAGACUACUUAGCAGUAAUUCUGUUUCUUUUUAC